AUGCUUGAGAUUGGCCCUGGUUUUUUGCCGCCUUAUUUUCGGGAGGAAUCGCCUUUGGGUGACCUUGCUUUGAUUGCCGUGGAACCCCGCGAUGAGGGGUUCGUCGCCUCGGUGCCAAUCUUUCUGCUGGACCGGCUCGGUGACAAACCUGAUGUAUCUCUGCAGGUAGCUUGCGACGCUUACGGCAAGACCAUUGGGGCCAUGCGGGAAGUGAUGGCCGAUAUUGACCAACUGAAGAGAAAGCGCAUUCCCAUUCCUGCUCGUAAAAUGUGGGAGCUGGGGGACGCCGUAGUCGCUUUGAGCUCAAAGUUGGAGGAGGACUCCAUGGAGGUGGAAGGCCUCAACGACCACCUCGUCCGUGACCUUGGGAUAAACGGCAAGCGUAUGGGCACCAUCGUCACCUUUCGCCGCCAUCUUCCGGACAAGGAGCUUAUCCCGGAGAAUCUGGGCUGGAGCCAGUGCGAGAAGCAAGCUCGCAAAGUGGCCGAGGAACUCAAGGCCGGCCAGUUCGUUUUUGGCUGA